CCUUUGACAAAUGUGGUGGUUUUCCAGGCUGAACAAGACAACGGGCAUCCUCUCCCUGCCUUUGCCAACCUGCACAUCGAAGUCCUCGAUGAGAACAAUCAGAAGCCUUACUUCACAAGGGCCACGUACGAGGGCUUCAUCCUUGAGUCCUCUCCGGUGGGAACAACCAUCUCUGAUAACCAGAACCUGACUUCUCCACUGCAAAUCGUGGUGUUGGACAACGAUGUGGAGGAGAUCAAGGAUCCACAGCUCCAUCUCUUUCUGAAUGAUUACAAUACAUUUUUCACUGUGACUCAGAGUGGCAUCACCCGCUACCUCACCCUGCUGCAGCCCGUUGACAGAGAAGCUCAGCAGCUUUACACCUUCUCGAUGACAGCUUCUGACGGUGUCCAGGAGAGUGUUCCAGUGACAGUCAAUAUCCUGGUGAUUGAUGCAAAUGAUAAUUCCCCAACCUUCUCCAAUAUAUCAUACAACGUCAAGAUUUAUACAGAUAUGAGGCCUGGUGAAGGCGUUAUAAAGCUCACUGCUGUAGAUGCGGACGAGGGACCCAAUGGACAGAUAGUGUAUGAAAUUUUGGCUGGGGAUCAGGGAGACUUCAUCAUCAAUGACCGAACAGGCCUUAUCACCAUUGCUCCAGGAGUUGUGUUGGCAGUGGGGCGAUCCUACGCUCUCACUGUCAAAGCCUCCGAUAGCGCUCCUCCUGCGCAGAGAAGGAGCUCUAUUACUACUGUUUACAUUGAGGUCCUUCCACCCAACAACCAGAGCCCUCCCCGCUUCCCCCAGCUGAUGUACAGCCUUGAAGUCAGUGAGGCCAUGAGAAUUGGAGCCGUUUUGUUAAACCUGCAGGCUUUUGAUAGAGAGGGUGACCCUAUAAGAUACCUCAUUCAGAAUGGAGAUCCUCAACACGUUUUUAAUCUCUCUCAAAGUUCUGGACUGCUAGCCUUAGGAAAGCCCUUGGACAGAGAAAGCACUGACCGCUAUAUUCUGAUUGUUACAGCCUCGGAUGGCAGACCAGAUGGGACCUCAACUGCUACUGUUAACAUAGUGGUGACGGAUGUCAAUGACAACGGACCAGUUUUUGAUAUGUUUCUACCUAAAAACCUGUCUGUACAGGAAGAAGAAGCCAAUGCUUUUGUUGGUCAAGUAAGGGCCACAGACCCAGACGCUGGUGUUAAUGGUCAAGUUCAUUACAGUUUGGCAAACUUCAACGAUCUUUUCCGAAUCACAUCAAAUGGUAGCAUUUAUACGGCGGUGAAACUGAACAGAGAAGUAAGGGAUUUUUAUGAACUUAUUGUUGAAGCAACAGAUGGAGCUGUAGACCCCCGCCGUUCAACACUCACGUUGGCAAUCAAGGUGCUGGAUAUUGAUGACAACAGCCCUGUUUUUACUAAUGCUUCCUACACUGUCUACGUGCCAGAAAAUCUGCCCCCAGGCACUGUCUUCCUGCAGAUAGAGGCAAAGGAUGUUGACCUUGGCUCUGAUGUCAACUAUCGGAUACGGACGCAGGAGGCGCUGCAGUAUUUUGCACUCAACAAGUACACGGGCGAGUUAUCGCUUCUGAAGUCCUUGGAUUAUGAAUCAUUCUCUGACACAGAAGCAACCUUCACCUUCCUUGUGGAAGCCUUCGAUAGCAAGGGCACUAUGCCUCCUGGCCUCGCUACUGUCACAGUGAGGGUAAAGGAUAUGAACGAUUACUCUCCAGUAUUUAGCAAAAAGCUCUACAGGGGAAUGGUGGCUCCUGAUGCAGUCAAGGGCACCGUUAUCACGACCAUUUCAGCUGAGGAUCAAGAUCCUCCGGGCACACCAGCAAGUCGAGUGCGGUACAAAGUAGAUGUUGUUCUUCCCUACAGUGCCAGCAUUUUUGAUGUGGAGGAAGACUCCGGACGUGUGGUAACCCGAGUAAACCUAAAUGAAGAGCCAAGUACAGUGUUUAAGUUAGUGGUCAUUGCUUAUGAUGAUGGGGACCCCGUGAAGUUCAACACCACUACUGUAGAAAUUGCUGUGCUGCAGCCUUCAGUAAUCCCACGGUUUACGCAGGAUGAAUACAGACCCCCGCCAGUGAGCGAAAGCGCACCAAAAGGAACCGUGGUUGAAGUUGUUACAGCAGCUGCCUUGAACCAGACCAUUAUAUAUUCAAUUGUUUCAGGAAAUGAAGAGGAUGUGUUUGCUAUUAAUAACAGAACAGGUGUGAUCUCAGUUAAAAAGUCUCUGGAUUAUGAAAGUGUGAAAAGCUACGAGCUUCGAGUUCAAGCAGACUCCUUACAAGUGGUACGAUCCAAUCUACGCGUCCCUUCCAAAAGUAAUACAGCUAAGGUCUUUAUUGAAGUGAAGGAUGAAAAUGACCACGUGCCUGUCUUUACCAAAAAAAUGUACAUUGGAGGAGUGUCUGAAGAUGCCAAAAUGUUUUCUUCUGUGCUUAAAGUUAAGGCUGAUGAUAAAGACACUGGGAAUUACAGUGCCAUGCAGUACAGACUCAUCAUUCCUCCAAUCAAGGAUGGUAAAGAAGGUUUUGUGAUUGAAGCUUACACAGGGCUAAUAAAAACUGCGAUGCUGUUCAAAAAUAUGAGAAGAUCCUAUUUCAAGUUUCAGGUCAUUGCAACUGACAAUUAUGGGAAAGGACUGAGCAGCAAAGCAGAAGUACUUGUCUCUGUGGUCAAUCAGUUGGAUAUGCAAGUCAUCGUCUCUAACGUUCCUCCCACCCUUGUGGAACAAAACAAAGAUCAACUCAUAGGGAUUUUGGAACGCUACGUCCAAGAUCAGAUUCCCGGUGCGACGGUUGUGGUGGAAUCCAUCGGUGCGCGGAGGUUUGGGGAUGGCUACUCUGAAGAGGACUACACCAAGUCCGACCUCAUGGUCUACGCGAUUGACCCCCAAACAAACAGAGCUAUAAUGAGGAACGAACUCUUUAAGUUCCUGGAUGGCAAACUGCUGGACAUCAAUAAAGAAUUUCAGCCGUACCUGGGGCAGGGGGGACGCAUCCUGGAGAUCCGCACCCCAGACGUGGUGGCGAACGUCAAGAAGCAGGCGCAGGCUGUAGGCUACACGGAGGGCGCGCUCCUCGCCCUGGCCGUCAUCAUCAUCCUCUGCUGCAUGCCCGCUAUUUUAAUAGUCAUGGUCAGCUACAGACAGCGACAGGCUGAAUGCGCAAAGACCGCCAGAAUCCAGAUGGCUCUGCCAGCAGGCAAACCAGCAAGCGCCGCUGCCAAUAACCUCUACGAAGAGCUUGGUGACAGCACCAUGCGAGGAUAUGCACAGCAAGAGCAACAGCAGUUGCUGAGACCUUCUCUUCUCAGACCAGAGGAGUUAAGUAUGGAGUCCGGAAUUGAUCCAGGGCAGGAAUAUUAUGGUCAAGAUUACUACAGUUAUGAGCAUGGGUAUGAGGUAUGAACUGCCGGGAGCCGCCGGCGGCUGCUGUCUCCCUCGGGGCUGUACGAUGAGUAUGGGGAAGUCGUGGUGGAGAACGAUGGUGGCUACUACUAUAGCCCGCAUGGGUCGACAGCAGAUGAGGGGAUGAGUCAAGGCAGAGGUCUUCCAAGCAGAGGUAUAAGCCAGAGAGCAGGGGCUCAAAUAGAAGUUAGACCUUUAGGUGGUGGGAUGGAUCUAAGGCAUGGUCCUGGAGCUGCAUAUAGGACCGGUCAGGGAAAAAGGAAACUAAAAGCAGUGAUGCAUUUAAGCCGUGUAGCAGUCAGUGCUCGCAGACCAGUAGGAAGAUCUGAGUCUGCUCGUUCUCCGUGGAAGAAAGCAAAGAUAUUCCCCAUGAUUCUGCAGAAAGUGAAAGGCAGUAGGAAAGACUCCAGCUAUGCCAAGUUGAUGUCAGCUCGCCAAGUGGAUGAUGGGAAAAGCAUGAUUAUCAGGGGAAGUUACUUCCAGAAAACAACAGAUGACAGACCUUCGAUGAGAAAACUAAAUCAUGUGUUAAAACGCAUUAGUGUCUCCAGAAAAUUUCAAGAGCCUAUUAGCAAAGAUACAGUGCCUGCAAAAGGAGAAGGAGAGGAGGAAUAUGAAAAAGAUGAAACAAAAUCAGGAGUUUCAAUAAAUAUCACAGCAGAGAGUGAACACGAGGACAGUGAUUAUGAGAAGAAGAAGAAGAAGAGAAGAAAAUACGUUUCAGAUGAGUCAUCCGUGAAGAGCAGUAGCUCUGGCUCAGAGUCAGAAGACAAAGACUACUUGAAAGUAACUCUGGACCAAGAUGAAGCCACUGAAAGUACUGUGGACUCAGAUGAAGACACUGGGCAUGAUUUGGAGGAUUCUGAAGAUGACUCUGGAUCCAGCUCUAGCAGCGAAUCAGAGGAGGACUCCUCUGAAGAAGACGAUGAUGAGGAAGACUCUGACAGCGAUGAAGAUGAUAGCCUGUCAAAGAGCUCGUCUACACAAAGUUCAUACAGCAAAUCAGGGACUAGUGAGUCCAGCAGCAGAACAAGCACUGAAAGGUCCAGUAUAAACAGCAAGGGAGGUAGCUCUCGUGGCAGGGCGAGGCGGUCCAGCCAGAAAUCAAAUACUAGCUCUAAUGCAUCAGGUAGUGACAGGGACACAAACUACAGGAAAACUUCAGGAUCCAGCUAUAAGAGCAAAACCUCCUCUGCCAGCCUUGAAAUAGAAGACACGAUAGAAGAGGUGUCAGAAGAAGAUGAAGAAGCAGAUGUGGAGCAAGCCAGCGCAAGCCCCAGUGACACGGCGGGUAACUCAAAUAAGGCAGCUUCUGAAACAUCUGCCAAUACAAAAACUGCUGCUACUGAGGAAGACAAGGGAGAAAAGUCAGAUGUUAAUGGUGAGGGUAGCGUGGAUGAAAGCACAGAAGAGGUUGAUACAGAUGCUAGUGACAGAGAGGAAACUAUGAGUAAGAAUGAAUCUUCUUGCCUAGAAAGUGAAAUCAGCGUUACUUCCAAAGGGACAAAAAGCACAGUAAGUUCUGGUAAAACCACCACUUCCCCUGAUACUGAGAAUCAAAAAAACCAAAUCAAUUGGGCCAGAAAGAAAAGGAUCAAGUUGAUCGUGGACCCAGAGUACGAGACCAGCUCGACUGGAGAGGACAGCGCUCCCGAUUCCAGCCAGAGGAACCGUCUUAAUAACCCCAGUAUCCAAAACAACAUCAACGGUAACAUCUACAUUGCACAGAACGGUUCUGUUGUCAGAACACGGCGCGUUUGCCUUGGUAACAAUUUAAAAGUCACGUCUCCAGUCAGGCUGGGGAAACAGUUCAAGAAACUGGACAAGCUUGCAGUGACACAUGAGGAGAGCGUCCCACUGAACACGUUGUCAAAGGGACCAUCUUCUAGUGAUAAAAUGAACACAGGACCUUGCAGUGUCUCCUUUGCUUCCUCGACUAUAGGGGCUGACAAUAUAGUAACGAAGGCGGGGGGCUCCAGAAUGAAAAGCACAGAAGAGCACGAAUCGGUUGUCGAUCGUGCGGAUGUCAAAGAGCCCUUGGAGUCGCACAGUGAACACACACAGUCAGAUGAGGAGGAGCUCUGGAUGGGCCCUUGGAACAACCUUCACAUACCAAUGACAAAACUGUGAUUAUUUUUUUUUUUUUUUUUUUUUUUUAAUUUUUACUUCAGUUUAUAAUAAACUGCGCUUUUUAUUGUCACUGAGGAAAAUGUAUGAAAUUUGUAUUGUGCACAUGUUGUAUACUACAAAUGACACGCUUUAAAGUCUAAAAACAAAAUUUGCACUCACAUUUGUACCAAUUAAUUGUCCUCCCCAAUGAACUAUUUUGAAAGGCUCCCAUUGCACUAAACAAUACUUCAUUUAAAUUAAUUAGGUUUUUUGGAUCUUGAUUUAUUGUUUAUUAAACAGUAAACUACUAAUAAAUGCACAGCAGCAUUUGGUUAACUUUUCAGACAGUUCUAUACAUGCCUAGCUUGUUUUUCUGUAUGGUACUUGUGGCUAUACUGUUUAGAUUUGGAAAUUGUCUUAUUUAUGUUCAAGAUUUAUAUCCAGAGCUCUUGAUUCUGAACUCAGAGUAAUAAAUUAAAAAUAAAUCCAUG